CCCACUGAACUCAGCCAAAAUCACAAAGCAUAUACUUUUUUCCCUCUCUAAGAGACUUACAAUGAGAGGACACACUUUAGGCAUCUAGGGCUUUGUGAAGCCAGCUUUUAGCAGUAAAGAACUGCUGUUCGUCCUCAAAGACAACUAAGGCAACCUCUGAAACUAGACAGAGCUGGAUUUUUAGCAGCAUCCGGUGGUACUUUUUGAGAGGCUAUAUGCUCACAAGCCUUACGUCCCAUUCUGAGAAACCAACGAGAACCCUUACUCAGAUUACACCAAUUUUAGCUACCAUGAAUGUCCUCAUGCAGCUUUUGGUUCUAAUGUUGACAUUCACACAAGGACUAUGCCAAUAUGAGGGCUAUGACUAUGACACAGAUUACGAACCCGAUCCAGAGUCUCCAUAUCAGCCACCCAUUCAUUUCCCUCAAGGCGUAGAUUACAAUGUUCCAAGGGUACCCUACUCUACUGAGUGCGCAAGAGAAUGCUACUGUCCUCCAUCUUCAAUAAUCAUCAUGUACUGUGACAAUCGGAAGCUCAAGACCAUUCCUCGAAUACCAUCUCGCAUUCAACAGCUUUACCUACAACACAACGAGAUUGAAGCCGUGGAUAUAAAGUCCUUCGUUAACGCCACUUCUCUGACAGAAAUUAACCUUAGCUACAAUAAACUGAAAUCAAAUAAAAUAGACGCUGGUGUGUUUGCCACAUCUCCUCAUCUACAUCAAAUAAUCCUUAACAAUAAUGACUUGGAAGAAAUUCCAUCACCUAUUUCUAGUUCUGUUGAGAGGAUCUUCUUGGGUUCAAACAAGAUUAAUAAAAUAAGAGAACAAGAUCUUCAGGGCUUAGUCAAUGUUACCAUGCUUGACCUCUGCAACAAUCGUAUUGAUAACAUCAAGGGAAAGGUAUUAAGCAGACUGACAAAGUUGAUGCAGCUUAAUAUAUGUAACAACAAGUUGUACUCCAUGCCUGCAAGCCUUCCAACAUCACUCAUGUAUCUGUCACUGGAGAAUAAUUCCAUUUCAAAGAUACCCGAUGAUUAUUUUGCAAAGCUUCCAAAUCUGACUGCCAUUCGAAUAUCACACAACAACAUUGAUGAGGUUCCUUUGUACAUGUUCAACCUUCCCAAACUUAUGGAAUUGAACCUGGGUCACAACAAACUAAAGCGCAUCUUCUAUGUUCCUCGAUCACUCGAGCACCUGUAUCUGCAUGACAAUGAAUUUGAAUCAAUAAACAUAACUCUAAUGUGUCCAGUAAUGGAUCAAACACAUCGACUAACCUACCUGCGUUUGGACCAGAAUCGACUAAAAGGGCCUAUAAGCACUUUUGCCUUCCUAUGCUUCCCCCACAUCCAAAGCAUUUAUUAUGGUGAACAGAAGCAUACUGCUGGAGAACGCCAGAUGCACCUGAUUCCGCCAUAUCCACCACCAGAACAUCCAAGAUAUGGUGAUGACGACGAUGAUGACUUUCCACAGUACCAUAGAGAGGAGCAUGGACCAAUAGCAGAAGAGGAUGAGGAUGAGGAUGAACAUGAAAAUGACAUCCGUGGCUACUAUUAAAUAUCUUUAAGGCUCUGGAUUUUUUCACACAUUUCAUGUAUAAGUGAACAUUUCUGAAAAUGGUUGUCUGGGAGUCCAGCAGAGAUCACGGGAUGUUAGAAAAUAACAAGAUAAGCCUUCAUCCCUGGAAAAUCACCCUUCUCUGCUCUCGCCAGUGUCUAUUGCUGUACUGCAUUGAUGACGUUGUGACUUCCCAAACAUGACCACUGCAAAUCAGCAAACUGGCUCUGAAGCAGUAGGGAAUUUUCCAAGGAAUACUUAUUUUGUUUUUUGAUCACUUUCCCUAGUUUCUGUUAGAUUUUUGAAUGUCCCCGACACCCUCUUAAAAGAGUAUCUGUCAGAGUGACUAACCCUAUUAAACCAGAUAUACUGCCUGUCCGGUUUGAUCAUCUUGAGUUAAACGAUCCCCUGAAUUUUAAAGUGGUGGCCACGUUGUAGAGAAAUCUGCACUUUAUAGCAUACCCUAAUGAGGUGUUCCUUGCACUAAGGAAAGGCUCUAACACCUCAGAGAACCACUUCAUCACCACAUUUCCCUGUUAGCCAUUACCCCUCACCCUGAGUGACAGGGCCAAGCUGUCACCAUCUUCCUGCCUUGCCUUGUAAUCCCGCAAAUGCUUGGGUGAAUUUUGAUUCAGUGCAUGUGCUGUUCAGAUCUCAGCAUCAGGAAACCGUGCUAAUAUCCGAACUGCGCAUGUGCAGAGAACACUCACCAGCACACCUGCAAGAUUACACGGCCAGGCAGGAAGUCAGUGAGGAUGCCUGGUCUCGUCAUUUAAGGGGAGGGGAAGCGGCUAAGAGGGAAAGGAAGUGGUGAAGCAGUGCUCCGAGCGUCUAGGUCUGCCACUUGGUGCUCCGAAUAUCACACUAGCAUAUGCAAUAAAGUGCAGACUUCUCUACAACAGGGCCACCAAUUUCAAAUACAGAGGGAUUGUUUAACUCAGCAUGAGAAGCCCUAAGAAGCAGAAUGCCUGGUUUAAUAGGGUAUAUCAUGCUCACAGGUGCUAUUUAAUGCUUUAUGCUGUUACUUUCAUCUUUUGUAGAGGAGACAGUUUAAACUACAUUGCUUUAAUGGUUUCAGGAGCUCUCUUAGCCAUAUGCUCUUUCACUUGCAUUUAUUAUAAUGUAGGAAAUAUAGAUAAGUAACUACAACAUUCUGCUUGGCAAACAAGGACAUAAGUUAUUUGAUAUAUUUAGCUACAUUUUAGGUCAUCUAUAAGAUGGCACACUCAGAAAAGUACAGUUGGCACCAGCACCCGCUUAGCGAAGCCUUCCCCCCACCCCGUUAAAAUCCUACUAGAACUGCAUGUUGUACAGGUAAGGACAAAUAAUGUCUCAUAAAUUACUACUGCUGGGUAUGUGACACCUAUAUUGGUACACUACUGCAUAUUUAGUAGCCCCCACCACACACAUUCAGCCGGUUUGGAAAGCAAUAGAAGGCUUAAUGAAGAAGCAAAACCAAACUUUCUUUUCUCAUACUAAUUUCCCUAUAGUAUGGGACAAGAGUGACCCCAGCACAUCCUAUAUAUGAAUGGGUUCCAAUCUAGAAUGAUAAAUAACCUAAAACAGCAAAGUUUCUUGUUACCAAGUCUUACUGUGAAAAAACAGAUGCAUAUACUAACCCUUUCACUGCCAAGGAUGAGUGUUCAUGCCAUUAAAAGGAAUCUGUCACCUAAAAAACGCCUCCCAAA